AUGGGCACAGCAAAUGUGCAGACCUGGGAACACAGCCCACAGGUGGUGGGAACCCCUCAUAAUGGGCACAGCAGGUAUACAAGCCAAAAUAAUCAGCACAGGGAUGGUGGGAACCCCUCAUAACAGGCACAGCAGGUGUACAGACCCAGGAACUCAGUACAGGGAUGGUGAGAACCCUUCAUAAUGGGCACAGCAGGUGUACAGACCUGGGAACUCAGUGAAGGGACGGUGGGAACCCCUAUAAUGGGCACAGCAGGUGUACAGACCUGGGAACUCAGCACAGGGAUGGUGGGAACCUCUCAUAAUGGGCACAGCAGGUGUACAGACCUGGGAACUCAGCAAUGGCGAAAACCCCUCAUA